UCUGCACUAAUAGCAGCAAAGGGCUCAUCUAGAUCCUUGGAUGAUCAUAUCGACAAUAAUCCAACGGUUCAUAAUAUAGUACCACCAUGGUCCCCCAGAUUUUCCACAAUUAGAAUCGCACAUACCUGCACCAAAAUAACAGUUUUCAGCAAAGAGAAUGAAAAAAGCAAGCAGCUCCCAUACUACAUGAGGCAGCCUGCUAGGGAUUCAUUUCAGGCAUCCGAGUAACUCAUUUUCUUUUCCUCUCUUUAUCUUCCCUCUUGCAAGUUUUCUCCUUCUCCUUUCCUUCUUCAAACCCUACAAAGCAGCAAGUGUUUCUCCUCUGGAGUUUGAGAUAUCUUGCUGCCUGAAAACCAACAUCAAACAUGGCUCAUUUCUUGAAGCAUGUCACUGAGGAGACAGUGGCACUGAAGAAACUGCUGAUUCCACCAGAGUUUGUCAGUAAAUGUGGGAGGGUAAAUCUGACCAACCCAGUAGUAUUGGAACCAACUGUUGGAGAUCCGCUGGAGUUAGAGGUGGAGCUUUAUGAGGAUACUAGCGGGUUUUGGCUGAGGAAUGGUUGGCAAAAGUUUGCAUAUCAGUAUUCUCUCAGGAAAGGCCACUAUCUUGUGUUUGAAUACAAGAGCUACUCCCGGUUCAAGCUUGUGAUGCUUGGUGCAAAUGGCCUGGACUUGGAGUUUCCAGCUUCUAGGCACUUCUCUGGUUCAGGACAUGAACAGAAGCAACAAUAACGGAGUUGGUGGAAGACAGCAGGAACAUCUGCAGUGUGGUGAAAAUGCCAAGCUCAAUGAGUGCACAAGUGCUAGUGACUGUUGGUUCAGCACAUAAACAGGGAAGGAAGAGCUCAAUUUUGAUCAUCCUUUUUCAUCAAUGUCUACAGGAAAGAGAAGACCUAAUGACGAUGGAGGGAAAAGGAAAGCAAACUGGGAAACUUCAAGGAGGGGCAGAGACAAGCCAAUUGCGAAGACACAUAUCAGCAGUCAAAAUGUCGAAACUAAUGGAAACCAGGACUUUACGGAGUCUCCAGAGGAAGAAGAUUAUGUAGAUGCAAGCUAUGUGGAAUUAGACUCACUGUUUGUGAAGGAGAUAAACAGCAACAAUGGAAGUGGUGCGAAGCGGCCAGAGCAACCGCUCUCUGUAGAGAAUGCAGCGCAAAAUGUGUUCAUGAGUGCUGGGAAGAGGAGUACAGCCAAUGGUGGAGAGAACAGCAAAGUGAACCAGGAAGGUCCGUGGAGAAAUGGAGGUAUUUGUAAGGCCUUUCGGAAGGGAUAAUGCCGAAACAUCCCACAUUCCAUCCAUGACUGAGCAAGAAAAGCUUCUAACAGACCUUCCAGUUCAAGGCGUCAUAGACCCACAAUUCAACCUGUAGAUGGGUUUACUUCACGGCCUGAUUUUCUCCAAGUCAGUGUCACAAAAUAUGCAGAAAACACUGGCCUGAAGAUGCAUGGAGGGUUUGUUCUGAGGUACAUCACCAACUGGAAUGGGAAAAUGGUGGAGCUUAAACUUGGAGAAAGAGACAUGGUUCGUGGAAAUUAUGUCACGCCGUGGUGUUCCUACUAUUUGUGAAGGGUGGUGCCGAUUUGUGCGUGAUAACUCUCUGAAAGCUGGUGACACAUGUAUAUUUGUGGGCACUGCCAUGGAAGAUGUGCUCCAAGUUCACAUUUUAGAUGAAUGAUGCUUGUGAAUUGGAAAGUUUGAAACAUCUGUUAGAUUGAGUAUCAAUGUAUGGUAGGCUGUGUAAGGACUCCAUUUAGAUUCUGACCACGUCAUUAAUUCUAGGAUGUUGAUGUUAGGGGAUGUUUCUGGUAAUGUUAUAUGCACUUCUAUUGGUUGACAUUCAUCUGCAACGUGUUUCUGCAGAAAGAAUCAGUUAUACUAAUAGUCAUUCGCAAUGUAGAGCAAGAACAUUCGGUGC